AGCCCUUGUUGGAAUGUGAGGUGUUGAAGAUGUUCCUGGGAAUUUCCAGCCACCACAUUUGGUGGGGUGGGCUUCAGAGGAGAAUCUGCCUGAACCAACUGGUGCAUAGAAGGCAGCAGCACCUUCAGCAUACGCAUGUCAAAGUUGGAGACCGAGCUGAACUCAGCAGGGCCUUCACACAGAGGGAUGUGGCUGCCUUCUCAGAAUUAACAGGGGAUGUUAAUCCUUUGCAUUUAAAUGAAGAUUUUGCAAAACAAACCAAGUUUGGAAAAACAAUUGUGCAUGGAGUUUUGAUCAAUGGACUUAUUUCAGCCCUCCUGGGUACUAAAAUGCCAGGACCAGGCUGUGUAUUUCUUUCCCAGGAAAUUAACUUCCCAGCCCCUUUAUAUGUUGAAGAAGUUGUUACAGCUUCUGCAGAAGUGAAAAAGCUAAAGCGGUCCAUUGCUUUUAUUGCAGUGUCAUGUUCUGUGAAAGAAAGUAAAAAGACUGUUAUGGAAGGCUUGGUUAAGGUUAUGGUCCCAGAAGUUCCCACACCCUGAAAUAAGUGUUUAAAGAUGCAGGAGCCCCUGGGGAAAACAGAGAUUGCUGCUCUGCACCAAAGAAUGACUAAUAGACCUAGAUGCUCAUUUGGGGUGCUGGGGGAUAGGUAAUGAGGUGUUCAAAUGUCCACUUUCUCUGUUGGCCUCACACAUCAUCUGUCUAGAGUUUUUAAAAUUCAACAAACAUUGAGAAGAUUAUUAGUUAGCCAAUAGCCUACUUUUAGGGUUUCAAACUUAGAUUUGCAUUUGGAUAAUAACAUAUUCUACACAUAUCUGUGUAGAAUAACUUUUCUCAUUGAAUUCACAAUUAUCUGGCAUUUAGUUUUUGAAGGCAAUAAUAGAAUUUGAGUCAUCUAUGAGUAUCCACCCUUUACUAGUAAAUAUUCUCGGGCCCUAUUCUUGAGUAGUUUCUACAUCAGUUUAUUGUAAUUUGUUACUCAUUACACCAAGAUGGCAUCUUGCUCAGCCUUCAGUGGGACUUGCCUUUCUAAUGGUUUUCCUGUUACUGGGGAAGGGCCUAUGUGCAGACUUGGACUCAGUUAUUACACUCUCAGUCUUACCUAUACAAUGGGGAUAAUGCCUUCCACAUAGGAUUGUUGUUGCAGAUGAUAGAUACACAGCUAAGCACAGAGCCUGCUUUGUAGACGGUAGCUACUUUAUUGUCCAUUCUCCCUGUGACUGAGGUUACAGUUUUCCCAAGUUUAAAACUACCUGGCCCAUAGUUAAACAGUUAAUGGGCCAGUCUUUCAGGGUGUUAACCAAGUAUUUGUAUUCUAAACCUGGAGUGAGUCUUGGAUGUAAAGUGUGUAUUUUUAUAUUUCCCCCCUUUGAAAAUAUUGUUGGGUUUCCCUCCUAAUUAUAUAAAUAAUAUAUACUUAUUGUAAAUAUUAUAAGGAAGACUGGAGGCCAGAUUCUUAAGAGUUGAGGUGUAUUGAAGGAGAAAUGUGCCUAAUGUGUUAAUACUAAAAGGUCAUCCGUGGCACAGCCAAUACCUUUAAGACAACAAUCUAUAAUUAAAUAAGAAUUCUAAUCAAGCUAGGUUUCCUUAUUUCAGAAAGUCUUGAUUGAGACAGCUCUAAUUUAAGAAGUAAUUCACCUUGUUAUGAAGCUUUUUAUGUUUGUGGCUUCAGUGGUGGUAUGCGAUUCUGAUGAGGGCAGAGAUCUGGAACGAUGGGUUUCCUUGGAUUCACACGGCCUACCUGUGCUCUAUGACUUUACGUGGUGGCCCUGCUUUGAGCAAGAAGGUAAGAGAUCACAUGAUUGGAUCAACCCACAUAUCCUAGAAAAAUGUUUUUCAUCCUGUUGGUGAUUAGUACCUUGAUUAAAAAGUUUUUUUACAUGAAGGGGAACAAUUAAAUGAGUACUAGAAAGAAUUGUUCUAGUCACUAGAGGGCAGUGAUGUGCACAGAGUACUUUAAAACUUUGAUAUUGUACCAUUUUGUAAUUGUGAAGGUGGGAAGAAAAUACCAAAAUUAAUGUGAGGAGCAAGGAGUCUCAGAAUGGAUGGGCUGUGCUGGCUCAAAUCCAUCUGAAGCCUUGUUUGUAGUUGAAACACUAGACAUGCUGACAGUUUGAUGUAAGAUAACAUUGAAAAAUAGGAAAUUUGAGGUUAGUUCUGUCUACACUUGGAAAACUCAGCUGGAACUUAGCAACAGUCUUGAAGUGUGGUUCAUAAGGAGUGUAUUGUGACCAUUAAUACUAGUAGCUACCAUUCUUGGAAUACCUGAUGAGUAGACAUGCUUUCUACAUUAACUAAUCCUUGUAACAAGUUUGCAAAAUUUAGUAUUGUCCCCAUUUUACAGGCGAGGAAACAGACUGAUGCUGUAUAACUUACCCAAGGUUGUACAGCUAGUAUACAGCUGGGAUUCAAAGUUGGGGCAUUCUGGCUCCUUUUUCCGUCAUCUUGUGGGUCUUACAGUGUUUCUGUUCCUGGAGCACUGUCAGUUUCUAUGAUAGUAUCUUGUUAUGUGGCAUUAAAGUAGUGAAACCAACAUUACGUAGUACACUUCUUACGUUCAGAAUGGCCUGGAUCUUAUUCCCCAGUACAAUUAUAACAUGUUCAUAUAUACUAUUCCAUGGGUGGUGGCUUCCAGCCAGGCCUACCAUUUUUCUAAGUUGAAGGUCAGUGAUAAUUUGUCUUCAGAGCAGAAUUACUAAAAGGGUUAUUUUAAAGAUGAAAAAUUAUAUGCAGGUCAGGUUGGGGGUUGGAGUGAGGGUCAGAUCUAUCUGAUAGGUAAUUUAUACUGUGAAACUUUCAAAAGUAGCUUCAAAAAGAGUGUUUCUACUUUGUAAUGUUCCCUAGGUGUCAUGAUCUUUGAUCUCUGUAUAUCAGUAAAAAGUUGGAACAGAGAAAUCAAGAAGUUAGCAGUACUUCUCUGUAAAUGAUAGUCACCAGAGCCAAGAUUCUUUGACCACUCAUGCUUUGUUAGAGCUGGCUAUAAGGAAAUUGAUUGGUUGGCUUUCUCAUUUUGAGCAUAGAGACCUUCAAUUUAAGAAUUCCUCUCCCAGAUAACUGGAAGGUGGCCUUACCUGUACCAGGUCAGAUGUGGAAGUGAGUACAAAAGUGAUGACUGAAAUAACAGGCCAAAUUGUACUAGCACUUUACACAUAGGGACAUUACAAGACUGUAAUUUUUGUGAUGUCUGAUUGCCAUAGAAAGAAAUACCAUCUUUAGUAAUUUCAGCCUAAUGUACUGGAAAAUUGUAAUUUUUGUGAUGUCUGAUUGCCAUAGAAAGAAAUACCAUCUUUAGUAAUUUCAGCCUAAUGUACUGGAAAAUUACUUAACAGAUUUUUAUAAUCUAUUAGGAACAUUUCCAUAUUGUUGAAAUGCCACUCGUUCCUUUUUCUGAGCAGCCAGUCUUAAGUAGCAAUAGGGAGAAAGCCUCCCCACAGCCACCAUUUGUCUUCAGGACCUGACUUGUGUAUUAAUCUAGAAAAAGAGAUUGUUAAAUGCACGUCAGAACCUGUUAGGUAAUCACAGGUUUUCUUUCUGUGCUGAAAUAUUAGUCAUUUUCCUUUUAUGUUCUUAGAGUAUGAUUCAGAGACCAAUUUACUCCCAAAGAAAAUUGCUGUUAAAUUGUAUCUAAGUUUCUUACAUUAAAACAUACCCUACCAAGGGUUCACAGUCACUGAGUGGCACAGUCACUGAGUGCCACUCUGAAUGCCUCAUGUGUUGGCAUAAUUUAUUAACUGGCUCUGGCUGAGCAGAAUAGGAGUACUGUUGGAAUGACUCUUGGGCUUCAUUUGGGUAUCUCCAGGAUCCCAGAUGUUUCACUUCCUUUGUUCUUGUCUUUGCCUUUAUUUGGAUUGUAAACAGCAAAGCUGAGAAUUCACAGUAUCUUCAGAGAUAUUUUGGGUUGGAGCUAGAAGAAACCAUUUAAGUUCAAAAUCAUAGGAAAACGAAAGUUAAUGUUAACACUAUAUAAAUAUAACAAGAUUUAUAAGAGGCCUCACAAAUAGUUACUUUUUAGGGUGGUUCUUAGCUAUAAAGUUCAGAUGACCUUGCAGACCCUGGGCAAAAUUGUGAUGUGAUGUGAUGAAAAACAACAUGUAAGGGAAAUAAGAAUGAUUAAAUAUGGGGUUGAAAAAUUUUUUUUUAUCCAGAUCAUGAAUAUUUAAAAAAAAAAAAAAAUGGUAGGGCCAUGUUGGAAGCACUGCAGUUAAAAAUAAAAUAAAAUUAAAAUAAAAGUCAUUUUGUAUUGGGAGGCCAUGCUGCUUAGGAAACACGUGAGCUUCUCACAUGCUUUUAUUACUUGUUUUGUGGAGCAGUUGCCAGGUCUAGAGGCAUCCUUACUAAAAUUCAGUAUCUUCAAUCAGUCUGGCAGUUUUGAUUAAAACAACUGUGGGUCAUUCAAACAUUUGGCAAUUUUGGAGAAAAAAAGUUAUCUUUUUCUUUUCCUUUCUUUUUUUCUGCUAUUCCUGAGUUGGGUAUGUGGCAAAAAAUGAGUAACUGGAAACAGAGCUGAUUUGAUUCCAUUCAGCUCUGGUCUGGAGAGGGUUUCCCUGCAUGCAGUCUGAGCUACUUCAAAAGCCAAAUGGAUGUUGAGGCUGACCUGGGGUUUUAGACUUAGUCCCCAGUGGAUCCCAGAUAUCCACUUAAGUGCAGGGUCCUCAAGGGGUUAUUGACAAGGCACUGAUUAGGGGAGAUGAAAAUAAAAUUACAUGAUUUACCAAUAUAGUAUUUGCCUUGUGGGGCUUCAGGUAAGAAUUUCCAGGGAAAGGGAGAGGCUAGAUUGGGAGUUUGUCUCUGGCUUCCUUCCAUGACAUACCUGCUUUAUCACCUUCAGUUUCCUUUCCUUCAUAAGGAAGACUAGACAAGGUUGUUUUAUGACCUUUCCAAUUCUGAGCUUCCAUUCUGAUUCCUUUUGGUUCUCUUUGCCCCAUCAGAGAGAGAAGUGUUUAACAACUUGUCUCUCCCUGGAUGUUUCUUCUGCUGAUUUCUCUUUAUAAUGUAAGAGCAAAUACCUACUGUGCAUUAUCUACUGCCAGCCUCUCUUCUAAGUGCGUUAAUCAUUCACUCAUUGUACAGAUAAUAAAGCUGAAGCAGAGAGAGGUUGGGUGGCCACCAGUAAUUUGUGGAGUUGGGGUACUAACCCAAGACCUCUGGAACCUAGGCCCUUAACCACAACAGUCUUUGGCCUCCUACUCAGGUUUAUGAAUGCCCCUUUGUCAUAGUUUGCCAGGCUGUUACGACAAACACCACACAGUUGGUUGGCUUAAACAAUAAGCAUUUGUUAGCUCACAGUUCCAGAGUCCAAAAGACCAACAUCAAGUUAGCAGGGCUUGCUUUCUCCUGGAAGACUAGUGUGGGUUUCUGGGGCUGACUUCCAGAGAUCCUCGGAGUUCCCUGGCUUUCCCAUCACAUGGUGAUGUCCUUUGUUUUGCUCUUCCUGUUUUCGCUGACCUCAGGCUUCUUGCUCCUCCCUGUAGCUUUCUCUUUUAAGGACUAGUAAUCCAGAUUAAGACCCAACCCCAUUCAAAUGGGUCACACCUUAACUGAAAGUGAUAGCUUCAAGGGGUCCUAUUUACAAUGGGUCACACCCACGGGAAUGUGGAUUAAGAACAUGCCUGUAUAGGGGUACAUAAAUCAGUCUACCACAGCUUUUUUCCUAGUCCUCUAAUCUAACAUUCUGACAUUUUUCUCUUGGCAAGCCUAUUUGAUCUGCUUCCUCCUCCUCACCCCUACAACUUGUAUCUGCUUGUUAUGCGUGUUUUUCUCCUUGAAGCUGCGGAUCCAUGGGCCAGAAAUGAUGGUACACUGUCGUCUCAGAAUAAUUCUCUCAAGUUUUAAGUCUCAGAGAUAACCUUUUCCCUUGAGGAUGUACUUUAAACUAGCUGGAGAAAGUGUAACAGAGCUUGGGGAGCUAAAGGGUCUGAAAGGACUCCCUUUUCCACCUUUCCUUCCCCUGAGCAUCUGCCCAACUCAUCACACAACCUACUCUCCCAUCCACAUGGCCCAGAGCGCCUGUAGAUCCAGGGGCUAGUCUGUCAUCCCACAUCUGGAUUGUUUUCUAGUUGUUAACAUGGCUGAAUAGCGUGAUAGCGGUGGCAUCUGUCUUUGUUCAACUUUGACUCCCCAGUGCCUGACAGAGUCUGGCAUCUUGUACUUGUUCAGUAGGAGGUUUGCUAAAAGAACGAGUACAUUCUGCUAAGUCCCAUCCAUUCUUAAAAACCUCACUCAGAUCCCAACUUGUCAUGAACUGUUUCACAGUCCACUCCAGCUGUCAUUAUUCUUUGCUCCCUUAUCCUCUCAUCGUGCCUGUUGCCUCAAUUCCAGUACCCAGUGCAGGCUUUGUUCCUGUGUCAGUCUUCCCUGUCUUUCUAAAAAAUUAUUGGAGGAAAGGAUUGCUUAUUCUCUGUUUUAUCUUCCAAAGGACCUACAGCAUAGAAAGUCCUCGAGUAGCAUUUACUAUUGUCAUAAUUUGAUAAAUACACAUGCACAGAGUGUCAUCUUCCAACCCCAUAAUCUUACAUGAGAAAAAAAUCUAAUUCAGAAACAGUAUACAGAAUUAUGGUUAUGGAAAUGCCUUUCUCAGACCAUUGUUGGAAUCCAGAGAGAUAUGGCAUGUGAAAAUACUUGUAAAUUAUGAACCUACAGACAAGUUAAUUUUUAUCACUAAAGCAUUGGAUUGUGGAUUCACAUGGAAUACAGUGGAAAUGGAGCUAAGCCUCAGCUGGCUAGAUUCAGAGAGGCCUUCCUCUCUGAAAUUUACCUCAUGAAACCAGUGGCUCUUCAGAGCAAUGGACCCUGGUUGUAUGACAUUGUGAUUUUUUUUAAUCAUACAAAUAAAAUAUUUUAAUUAGCAACAUUUUGAAAAAUAAAAAAGCAUAAAAGUAGAAAUCAUUAUGAUCCUGCUUCCAUAUUGGUGUACUUCCUUCUGGUGUUUUUCUUAUAAAUAUAUCUGUUAAAAAUUUGGCAUCCUACAAAUGCCUGUAUUGCCCUUUUCACUUACUGUUGUAUCAAGAGCAUUUCUCAACGUUGUUAAAUAUUCUUCAGUGAUCCAUGUUUUAAUCAUUGCAAAAUAUUCUAUCAUUGUACCAUGAUUUGUCCAAUCCCCCAUUGAUAAAUGCAGUAUUUAUCAUUGUAUGCUA